GCUACUGUAGAGAGAAAGAACCAUUGUUACAACGGAGUCCGAUCAACCGAGCCCAUUUCACUUCCUUGUUCUGCAUAUAUGAUCGGGGAGCUGCGGGAAAAAAUGGACAAGCAAGGUGGAGGUAAUGCAGAGGAGAGUCAGCAGAAAGAAGUGAAAGUUCCGUGGCGAUCAAGGCGAUGCGAGGAGAGGAAAGCCGCCGGGGAAUCGACAACAGACUGCUCCUGGAAUCCACAGUCUUCUUCGCCCGACUCUCCAAUCUCACACAGGAGAAGGACAGACUUCUUCUCUCCCUCAAGAUGGACAAGAGGAGAUGCAGAUGAUCGGCAACGGGAAAUCUCAGCAGCAGCAGCAGCAGCAGCAGCAGCAGGAGGAGGAGGAGGAGGAGGAGGAGGAUUUCGCCGUUGCCAGCCUCCACCUACGUCGACAUUGUUUGCCGGGGACAAGCGAUGGUCCUCUUCGCAUGCUUCUGCUUCUGCUUCUUCCUCGUCCUUUGCUUCUACUACAGCGACUUUCCGGUCUGGACCCCAGUCGUACGGAACUCCCAACCUGAGGAGAUGCCUGACACCUCGUGCGUUCGUACCCGGACGACGGCCGGUCCUCUUCUACUCCAAGGAUCAUAAGUUCGUGAUCAUCCCGACUGUGACUCUAAUCGAAGGGGAGACAGAGUUUUUGAUGACGUCAACGGCUCCUACUCGACGCCCCAGUAUGUACAGCUCUACGACCAGUGGUGGUAGUGGUGAGAGCGAGCUCCCCGGUCGCUUGCGGCCGUUGACGUCAACAGGGGUGCGGGUGCUUAUGGAUCAUAAUGAUGCUCCAAAGCCGAUAACGUCAAGCGUUAAUAUGUUGUCUGGUCAGGAUAACGUCCCCGUAUCUGGCGUUGAUAAUGCCCAGGUUCUCUUGCGUUGGAUCCCGUAUACCGGGUCGCUCAAUAGGGUCGGGAUAGCCGACCCGUUUCAUGAUGAAAUCGGGAACGAGCGCCGGAGAUCUUCACAUUUACAGUCUGUGGACGAAGCGGGCAAAUGCACGACCGGACCAUGUACAUCCGCAUCUGCAUCUGCAAUAACACCGCCGUCCCCUCGAGCAGGUGGAUCCCUAUCUGCAAUGACAUUUUCCGCUGCCAUGGAGAAUAUCUUCGACCGAGUGAGAGGUGCCUUGUUGGCGGCUUUCCGCUUUCUUCAUCCUGUGCUGCAAGAGGUUCGUGCCGUCUGUGAGGCCGAUUCAGAGAUUCCGUCUAUGCGCUUAGCGGUCAGAAUUGGCCGCAGUGUGUAUCACGCGCGACCGCAAUCGAGGACCGGUGCAGUCGACCUGGACACGGUCGGCAGUUUCACCCUCAGAGACUUGGAGGGUGACAUUUCCAGCCGCCGCCUCAUUAAGACAUUUGAGGUUUGUCUCUCCGAGGAGGGCAUGGAUAACAUCAUAUCUCGGUUCUUGCUAUUGGGUGACGGUCCUGACACAGUCCAGCGCAAGCAGAAGUACAGCCUUGCGCUUGAUGUACGCACUGCCGGGAAGCAGGAAACAGAUCUCCUAAAAUGUACUUAUCAGCCAGUGGAGGUCAGCCCAGGCCAUUUCCAGCUCAAGGUGAAAAAGGUUGAGGGAGUAAGGCCGGCAGUCAACGUGGCCGGUGGUCGAAUUGCAGCCGUUUUUGGAUGGAUGGUUCGAAUAGCAACCAUUACGCGCAGCAGCAAGCUGCGCCAAGUGUUCCUUACCGUACAGCCACCAGUGCCGCCAGCUCGAGUCGGGAUGCCUCCGCAGUAUCAACCACAAUCACUGUGGAACUCGCAAGCGUGGGGACCUCCGCAGCAGCAGCCUACCGUGUCAUGGCCAGCAAGUAUUCCAUGGGGUGGCAAUGCAUUACCCUCUCAUGUCCCCGUAUCUGGGGUUACUCCGACGCAUAUGCCUGCCCAGAUGCCCACACAUCAGCUCCCUCCUACAGUACCAGUGAAUCCACAUGGAUUUCACAAACAAGGGGGAAGCUCUGCUUCAAGCGGUGGCGGCAAGGGUCCGACUGCUAAUAACUUUCUGGGCCCUGCCAAUCGUGCGUACUUCACGAAGGAGUACAUGGAAAUCUUGGAAGGCAUCAAGUCUAGCAAAGCCAUCGACGAAGCAAAGAAGAAGCUCGGCGCUCCAAGGAAUAGUGUUGUGGCGCGAAGUGGUCCGCAAAGCAGGGAACUGUUUGAUGACGGUAGCAGAUUUGACUCUCGAUCCACCGAUAAGAGUGAAGACAUGAAAGCGUGGGUCACUACCACGCUGGGGGAGUCUCUGAAGCUCAUCAAUUCCAAACUGGACAGCGUGGACAGGAAAUCGAAGUUGGACGCCGACGAGCGUGAGGAACUAGAACGCUUGCGGAAGGAAGCGCAAGGUGGCAAGGACAAGGAACUCUCCAGCAACGAAAAACGGAAGAGGUGCGGUGUACACACUCCAGUGGAAAACUCGCCAUCAGCUGCACGCGCGCGGCCACGAUCGAAAGGCAGUUCGAAGACCAACCCAAAGCGGAUUCAGUUGUCAGAUAACGAAGGACCAUCUCGCACCAAGCAGAACUUGCAAUCGAAGUUGGAAAGUACCAGCUGUGAGCUAUCUGACAUCAAGCGAAUGCUUGCCGCACUGAUGAGUGGCCUGGCAGAUCCGAAAGGAAAGUCCAAAGUAAUCGAGCGUAGCAAUGCGAGACAAGGUCCCGGUGAGGGCGACGGUGAAGGUACCGAUAUGGCGCAGAAUGCCCAGGUGGAAUGCGACGAGGAUGACCCGGAUGAAGACGGGUUCGCGUCAUACAUGAAGGUACGGGCCGACUACUAUGGUUCCCUACACUACACGCGAGUUCAGGAAAUGUGCAAGGAACGGGAGAUCGAGUACUUCAAGAAGGAUGUCGCCGUUUGGGAACUGGCAAGGCAGGAUUUGCAAGAGUACGCGGACUCACUACGGGAGGAACGCAGCACGCGCGAAGGCGACAAAGCUCGACGGAAAGAACUCAGCGCUGAACCGGGACACGAUGACACAAGGGAGGACCGCGACACAGUCAAGGGAAACUGAGCCUUGGCAGCAUCAAAUCUUUUAGGCGUGCACUCGCCCAGUUGCAUC